AGAUAGCCCCGAGGCACGUGCGGGGCGAUACUCAGCGGAGAGCCUCGCGUCCUGCAUUGUGGCUUUAAGAACGGGGCCUCCUUGAAACCGUCAGGUUCCGUGUCCGCGCGGCCGGAUCGAUUGAACAUGAUUCAACGUAGAAACUUUUUAGAAAUAACUCUUUUUUUAAAGACGCGUUUGACUUGUUGCACCUUGGUGCGGUCUGCUUCGUUUUUGUGCACGCUCGUCCCCGCGGUUCGGGAGCGUUUCUUAAAGUUAGACGCUCAGUAUGCGCGUUUGCAGACAGGGAGUGGCAAAAUAUAAAUACUUUUCUUUCCCUUUUUUUUUUUUUUUUUUUUUAAAAACCAUAACACCUCCAACUCGGUUCUUUUUUUCUUUUUUUUUUUAAAUACAGCAAUAACGUCCUUGUCUUUUGAGUGACGGAUCUAAUGGACCAUUCGCCGUCGAUAAUCACGCAAGUAACCAGAGACGAGGAGGAAAAUGCGACUUGUCGCGCGGACGGUGCCAGCGACGUUUCCCCGUCAAAGAAGCCUCGCAGCAGAGGCCUUCUCCGCAGUCUCUUCUGCUGUCUUUGUAGCAAGGAAUCGGAGCCACCGUCACUAAAAAGCAAUGCCCCCCUCCUGGUCGAGGAAAAUGGAAGUCCGUCAAAAGUACCAGCAAAACCGCUGCUCCCACAGCUGAACUCGAGUGAUGCAGGGAAGAUCUGUGUGGUCAUUGAUUUGGAUGAAACACUAGUGCAUAGUUCAUUUAAGCCAGUGAACAAUGCUGAUUUUAUCAUUCCGGUGGAAAUUGAUGGAACAGUUCACCAGGUGUACGUGUUAAAGAGACCCCACGUCGACGAGUUCCUCAGGAGGAUGGGAGAAUUGUUCGAGUGUGUCCUGUUCACCGCGAGCUUAUCCAAGUACGCCGAUCCCGUGUCGGACCUGUUGGACAAACGGGGGGCUUUCCAGAGCCGUCUGUUCCGGGAGUCCUGCGUCUUCCACAAAGGGAACUACGUUAAAGACUUGAGCCGUUUAGGACGGGACCUCAACAAGGUCAUCAUCAUUGACAACUCCCCAGCUUCCUACAUCUUCCAUCCCGACAACGCAGUUCCUGUCGCGUCCUGGUUUGACGACAUGUCCGACACCGAGCUCCUCGAUCUCAUCCCCUUCUUUGAGAGACUAAGCAAAGUGGACGACAUCUAUGGCGCUCUGCAGCAGCAGAGGACUUCAAGUUAACGGAGGCGGGACACUCGGUUGAAAACAAUCACCAGCCGCUGACGCCACGGGGCCACGGAGGCUGGUGGGCCACGGGCUCCACGCUGCUUCCAUUUACAAGGACCACAAUGCAACAACAACAAAAAAAGCUUCUUUUUAAUCUGGUAUUCUUACACUAUAUUGCAUCAAAAAAGGUAAAAAGCGAUCUUCCAGCAGGGUUUGGUACUUCAGCAUUGAAAGUCAUCCAAUCCAAAGAUUCUCUUUUCUUUUUAAUGCUCAAUAAGGACUGAAUACCAGAUUCAAUGACUUCUGUAGAUAUCCUUUGCAGUGCAGCUAGUGUAUUGUUGUCGCUGUUGUUCCUUUUCAUUUCAGAAUAGUGGUUCUCAUAAUAUGUGAAGCUCUCACACAGAAAGGUUAUUGAAGACCGAUCCUCAAACCUCAUUAACUUACUUACUUUUUUUGACUAAAAUAGCCAAAAUGUACAUUUAGUAAAAGACAAUCAUUAACAUAAAAAUAUUCUGGUUUAAUAAUAUUUACAACAGGUUUUUGCACAUUUCACUAAGAAGCAGAUAUUUCGUAUGUGCUCUUCCUGUAAGCUUUGAGCAAAUGAUGUUUGCGGUUGAACUUUGGCUCCAAAAAGACGCCACAGACUUUUUAGAGUUUUAGAUUGAAAAGAAACCGGAACAGUAAUCGUGGGAAUCCACCGCCACUGAUUGUCGUCCUUAUUCACUACAUUACAGAUGGCUGAUGAGGUCGAAUCACUAAUGUUCUAACGUGUAAUAACACUUUUAAUAUGUUGUCUUAUGCCCAGUCCGGUCUCAAAACACCCUAAUCUUGAUGUUUAUUAGUUGACCUCAUACUUGCAUAUUAACAAACCUUUAAAAAGAGAAAAAAAGAAAGCUAUCAAAUGUGGAUGUCUUGGACUGUUCUGGAUUAGCACUAAGAGAACCGGCCCACUGCACCCUGAUUGGACCGUUCACACAGACUCACUACUGCGGAUAAACAUGGUGAGAUUGAUUUUAGCAUAUACAGCAUAUCAGGAUUUCAGGCAGAUGUUUUGAUUUGGUUUUAAUGUUAUUUUAGUUUUUUUUCCUUAAUAGGAGCUUUUAGUUGAUUUGGCGACCACCGCAGUCGAUGCAAUCGUGUCCACGUGUGCAGGAGGAGGCUGUAACCUGCUACGUCAUGUUUGAUUUGAACGCACACUUUGAUCAGGACACUUUGGAUCCAAGACGAUAACGGAGUCAUUGCAGCGCCGCAUCGAGCUGUGAACACGGUUCCAUUGAGUGUGUGUGUGUGUGUGUGUGUGUGUUUCAGUGGGACUACGUCAGUGGGACUUUAAGAUUCGGAGAAAAGAAAAACGUUGACAAUAAGUGAAAAAUCCUGAACUGUCUUUAAAUAAUGGUUUAACUUUUCUUUUCUUUUUUACUUUAUGCAACAAGAAUAUUAAUGUUUUGACUCAAGUAAAGAAACCGAUUUUUAAAUUGCUGCUGAUUGUAAGACAAAAAGAGACGGCUAGAGAUAUUUCCACCGUGCGUCAAUAAAGCAUGUUUUAUUGAAACGGGU